AUGUUCUGGAUGACCGAAGAAAGAGAUCGUCUGCCUCACACUUUCGCUUUUCGCCAGCUCCACUUGCGUUCUGCCCUCCAUCUGGGGUUCUGGAAACACCGAAACGAAGACGAAGACGAGGACGAGCAAACCCACACCGUGGCGGUGGCUCGGAAAAAGUGGAGAAGUGGAAGGACUGACGACGAGUUUCUGCCCUUUGGACCCCCUCAACCCUCAGCCCUCGUCAAAUCACAAUGCUCCAAGUCCAUCCCAGCCGACUUUGGGCCGUAUCCAGUCUUCAGCUCAGCGGAUGACAAUCACGGAAUCGUGAUUUGCACCCGCCAAGAUGACCCAGGGUCACGGCCUUUCGAUCGUCUCGCGAGCCCUGUCCUUCUCGUACGCGAGUUUCAAGUUCUUUGA